UCAGAUGGCCGCAGUCUUCCUCCCUGCCAGCAGGGGGCGACAGAGCAGCUCCGAGACAAACAGUGAAUAAGUCUGUGUUUACAUGUAGCCGAGCUAGCUUUAGCUUCUGCUGAGCGCGCAGGUCAGUGUUGGUGCAGAGAAAUUAAAGGUCAACUGGUUUUCAACAUGGUCAAACAGCAGCGGAGAACAGACAGGUGUUUUGUACCUGCUGCAGGGAACAGUGUGACGUGGGUUUGUUUUCCUGUUGGCCCCGUACACAGGAGACACCUUCAGCAGGUAGACAGCAACAAUCCCCACAGCUCCAUCACCACAGAAGAAGAGAGAGGAGACCCAGGAGGACCUGACGAAGGUUCAGGAGAGACAAAGAGGGCGAGACUGGACCGAACUGAAGAGGCUGCAGCUCUGACCAGUAGAGAUAGAGUCCCAGGGUCAUGCGGUCAACCAGGAAGUGAGAGCUGCUCCACAGCAGAUGGCGUUUCGUCCAGACUGCCUCCUCCAGACCAGCCGGCGUCAGCAGAGCCCAGUGAGGACAGCAGAGCAGCUGAGCUGCAGAGUGUGAGUUCACUAAAGGUCACCAUCCAGCAGAGCAGUGAGAGCAGAGAGUUCGGACAGACAGACAGGACAGCUGACAGACAGACAGGUGGACUCCACUGUCACGUCUGUGACCUCACCUGUCGCUCUGCGCAGGUGUUUCAGGAACACAUGGCAGGAUCAGAACACCUGAGGAAACUGAAGGAGAUGACACACUCUAUCUGCCUCAACACACACACACUGCAGAACAGGGGGUGUUGGCCUGAACUGCAGCGCUGGUGUGAAACCUGUCAGACUCACUUCAGCGGUGAUAUCAUCGUCCAUCGACGGACAAAACAACACAAGAUGUGUAAGCAGAUGUGUCGUCCCUUCUGUCCGGUGUGUAAACGUCACUUCAGGACUCCCAGGAAGUUUGUGGAGCACAUGAAGUCUGCAGAGCACAAGGAGCAGGUGCACCUGGAGGAGGCUCAGGAGGAAGAGCUGAUCACGGUGGACGCUGUCGGCUGCUUCGAGGGAGAGGAGGAUGGUGAAGAAAAGGAGGUAGAAGAAGUAGAAGUAGCUGAAGAAGAAGAAGAGAGCGUAGGAAAGGAAGAAGCAGAGAAGGAAAUGUCGGAGGUACAACCAAACGUUCAGGCAGCAGACACACAGAAAACAGACCAGGAGGAAUAUGACCCCCAAACCACUUAUGGAAGUAGUUUUGUGCUUCCUGUUUCUGGCUUCCUGUGUCAACUGUGUAAUAAGUUCUUCUACAGAGAGACAACAGCACGACACACACACUGCAGGACGCACACGCACUACCUCAACCUGCAGAGCCACAGAGCUAAGAGAACACAUGAAGAUCAGGACAGAUCUGCUCUCACCUGACCUACUGUCACUGUAUCCCACAAUGCAUCUCUGUAUCCAGGUGAACCUGCUGUAAAGACACAGAACAGGCAUGUUCUUCCAAAAUAAUGUGAACAUUAAACCGGUACAAAUAUGGUCAACUCA